ACUUUCUUUUGUCCCUGAAAAUAAUACGAUAGGAUACGAACAUUCUCCAGUUGAUCUCUUUUCUACACAAUUCAGGUACCAUAUAUUUAUGCUUAAUUAAUCAAUUUUUCAAGCAUUUCAGUGCAAGUUCGCCGGCGACAAAAUCAACGGCGGAGGAAAGUGUGGUGACGGCGACGGUGAACAAUGGAUCAAGGUAGAGAAGUGUUCACAGUAGAUCUCCUCGAGAGAUAUGCGACGAAAGGCCGCGGCGUGAUUACGUGUAUGGCAGCUGGAAAUGAUGUAAUUGUGAUAGGAACAAGUAAAGGUUGGAUUAUUAGACAUGAUUUCGGUGUUGGAGAUUCUAAUGAUAUUGAUCUCUCUGCUGGUCGACCUGGGGAACAAUCGAUCCAUAGAGUUUUUGUUGAUCCUGGGGGUAGUCAUUGUAUUGCCACUGUGGUGGGCAGUGGAGGUGCUGAUACAUUCUACACUCAUGCAAAGUGGACCAAACCACGUGUAUUAAGCAGACUGAAAGGUCUAGUUGUCAAUGCUGUUGCCUGGAAUAGGCAACAGAUAACUGAAGCUUCUACAAGGGAAGUCAUUCUUGGUACAGAGAAUGGUCAACUGUAUGAAAUUGCUGUAGAUGAGAAGGACAAGAGGGAAAAGUAUAUAAAGCCUUUAUUUGAAUUAGCAGAGCUUCCAGAAGCUAUCAUGGGUUUGCAGAUGGAGACAGCUAUCAUGAGCAACGGAUCUAGAUAUUAUGUGAUGGCUGUUACUCCCACAAGACUUUAUUCUUUUACUGGAAUUGGAACACUAGAAACUGUUUUUGCCAGCUACUUGAAUCGUGCUGUGCAUUUCAUGGAACUUCCUGGUGAAAUACCAAACAGUGAUCUGCAUUUCUUUAUCAAGCAAAGAAGAGCUAUUCAUUUUGCAUGGCUGUCUGGAGCUGGCAUCUAUCAUGGCAGCCUAAAUUUUGGAGCACAACAUAGUUCUCCAAAUGGUGAUCAGAACUUUGUGGAGAAGAAGGCUCUUCUGGACUAUGCAAAGUUGUCUAAUGGCGCGGAAGUAGUCAAACCCAGUUCCAUGGCAGUGUCUGAAUUUCACUUUUUGCUUCUUAUUGGGAAUAAGGUUAAGGUUGUAAACAGAAUAAGUGAGCAAAUUAUAGAGGAACUUCAGUUUGAUCAGGUGUCAGACUCUAGUUCAAGAGGAAUUAUUGGACUAUGCAGCGAUGCAACUGCAGGGUUGUUCUAUGCAUACGAUCAGAACUCUAUCUUUCAGGUUUCUGUCAAUGAUGAAGGACGAGAUAUGUGGAAGGUCUAUCUAGAUAUGAAAGAGUAUGCUGCAGCUUUAGCUAAUUCUCGUGAUCCGCUCCAGAGAGACCAAGUAUAUUUAGUUCAGGCUGAAGCUGCAUUCAGCUCCAGGGACUUCCUCAGGGCAGCAUCUUUUUAUGCAAAAAUUAACUAUAUAUUAUCAUUUGAGGAGAUCACUUUGAAGUUUAUCAGUGUCAACGAACAGGAUGCUUUGAGAACUUUCUUGUUACGGAAGCUUGACAAUCUUUCAAAGGAUGACAAAUGCCAAAUAACAAUGAUUUCCACAUGGGCCACAGAACUGUACCUGGACAAGAUAAAUCGGCUUCUUUUAGAAGAUGACACAGCUUUGGUGAAUCAUAAUUCUGAAUAUCAAUCAAUCAUUAAAGAAUUCCGUGCUUUCCUUAGUGACUGCAAAGAUGUUUUGGAUGAGGUGACUACAAUGAGACUUCUAGAGAGCUAUGGAAGAGUUGAAGAACUAGUAUAUUUCGCUAGUCUGAAGGAACAACAUGAAAUUGUUAUUCAUUACUAUAUUCAGCAAGGAGAAGCAAAAAAAGCAUUGGAAGUGCUUCGGAAACCUGCUGUUCCAAUAGAUCUUCAGUACAAGUUUGCCCCAGAUCUUAUUACUCUUGAUGCUUAUGAGACUGUGGAGUUUUGGAUGGCGUCAAACAACCUGAAUCCAAGGAAACUUAUUCCCGCAAUGAUGCGUUAUUCAAGUGAACCUCAUGCAAAGAAUGAAACCCAUGAAGUAAUUAAAUACUUGGAAUUCUGUGUUCAUCAUUUGCAUAAUGAGGAUCCAGGAAUCCACAACUUGUUGCUCUCUUUGUAUGCUAAGCAGGAAGAUGAUAGUUCCCUUUUACGUUUCCUACAAUGCAAAUUUGGAAAAGGGCAAGAGAAUGGGCCUGAUUUCUUUUAUGAUCCUAAGUAUGCACUGCGCCUCUGCCUCAAAGAAAAACGAAUGCGUGCCUGUGUUCAUAUAUAUAGCAUGAUGUCAAUGCAUGAGGAAGCUGUUGCUCUUGCUCUGCAGAUUGAUCCCGAGCUAGCAAUGGCUGAAGCUGACAAGGUUGAAGAUGAUGAAGACUUGAGGAAGAAGCUUUGGUUAAUGGUUGCCAAGCACGUCAUCGAGCAGGAAAAGGGUACUAAAAGAGAGAAUAUAAGAAAGGCAAUAGCCUUUCUCAAGGAAACAGAUGGCCUAUUAAAGAUUGAGGACAUAUUGCCAUUCUUCCCUGACUUUGCCUUAAUUGAUGACUUCAAGGAGGCAAUUUGCUCCUCACUGGACGAUUACAACAAGCAAAUCGAGCAACUGAAGCAGGAGAUGAAUGAUGCAACACAUGGUGCAGACAACAUUAGAAAUGAUAUUAGUGCAUUAGCUCAAAGAUAUGUUGUGAUUGAUCGCGAUGAGGAUUGUGGGGUCUGUAGGCGUAAAAUUUUGGCCAUUGGCGGGGAUUACAGAAUGGCUAGCGGGUAUACAGCUGUAGGAUCAAUGGCUCCUUUCUAUGUUUUUCCAUGUGGACAUGCUUUCCAUUCCCACUGCCUGAUUGCUCACGUGACCCGUUGCACCAAUGAAUCUCAAGCGGAAUAUAUUCUGGAUUUGCAGAAGCAACUAACUUUACUUGGUAGCGAAGUUCGAAGGGAAUCAAAUGGCGGUUUGACAAACGAAGCCAUUACUAGCAUCAGCCCUGCCGAUAAGCUCCGAUCACAAUUAGAUGAUGCAGUGGCCAGUGAAUGCCCAUUUUGUUGUGAGUUAAUGAUUCGUGAAAUCUCUUUGCCUUUCAUCAUGCCAGAGGAAGCCCAGCAGGUCGCUUCGUGGGAGAUAAAACCGCAAAACCUCGGAAACCAAAGAAGCUUUUCUUUGCCUGUAUGAUUGGAUUAUGUAUGUCCAACGAUACAUCCCUAUCCAUCUGCAGCAAGCUCAUGUUACGGCUAUUCAUAGAGUUUUGUGAGUGUUCUCUCUCAAUUUUCUUUUACCUUCCUGCAUCAUUUGAGUUUCGAUGAAUGGUUGCUUAUUCAUGCAAUUUAUCCAUAUUUCUGGGUUUCUUCGUUUGCAUUUCUUCCCAUGGCCCUUUUUUUUCGGCGAGAAGGUGAUCAGCCAAUGUUUGUUACUUUGAUAUGGACCAUGAAAUUUGAGUGUUUCGUGCUAUUUUCUUAUGUUAUAAUAUUAUAUAUUUAUUCAUAAA